UCGGAUGUUAAUCCUUCAUUCAUCUGCCAUUUCUCCGCCACUUAGAGCUUAGAGCUUAGGGCUUAGACCAAUCCCACUGUCGCGCAAAGCAGCCAUAUGUUGCGGCCCCACAGUCCCUCGGAGUAUCCAUCUCUUCUCCUCUACAUCCUCGAUGAGACACAUAUAACAGUCACACUCACCACAGCGCUUGCCAUCCUGUACACUCGUAAUGCUCAUAUCGUCUGGUUGGCUAUUGGGGCUCUGGGCUCAUCUCUUACUGCCAAAGCACUGAAAAAGCUCAUUCGAGGCCCUCGCCCUCCCCCGCCGCCUGAUUCAUCCGCUUCCCCCGUCCGUCCCAAAAAGACAUAUGGCAUGCCAUCCACACAUUCCACCGCUUUAACCUUUUAUGCGGCUUACAUCCUCCCUUCCCUCUCUUCACUACCUCUACCCUAUCUCUUGGGUUUGGGAGUCGUUGGCUACUGGGCCGCGGGGCUCUGGAGUCGGAAGGAGUUGGGCUACCAUACGUGGGAGCAAAUUGGUGCUGGAGCGUUGACAGGAGGUAUCCUAACGUGGAUUUGGAGGGGGAUAUGGAAUAACUGGGAUGUGGAGGGGACGUUGCAACCGUUGAUAGACCAUGUCUGGAAGACGAUUGUGGGGUGAAAGUA